AUGAUAACAGCUGAAAUACCCAAUAUGGAAGUAGACCCGGAUGGUUACAAAGCUGUAAAGAACUACAUGAUGCAUGGACCUUGUGGAGACCUCAAUCCAGGAUGCCCAUGUAUGAAGCAAGGAAAAUGCACCAAGCAUUUUCCAAAGAAGUUCAAUAAUCAAACAACUUUUGAUGCAGAUGGGUUCCCAAUUUAUAGGAGAAGAAACACAGGUACUGAAGUCAAUAAAAAUAAUGUCUUUUUAGAUAACAAGUAUGUCAUCCCUUAUAACAGGAAUUUGAUUGUCAAAUUUGAUGCACAUAUAAAUGUCGAGUUGUGCGAUUACUCGAGAUCAGUGAAGUACCUAUUUAAAUAUGUGAAUAAGGGAUCUGAUAGAGCAACACUUGGUAUAGAAUGCUCAGAUACUCCCACAGAACGUGAUGAGAUCAAAAGAUAUCUAGAUUGUAGAUACAUAUCAGCUACAAAAGCUUGCUGGAGGAUCUUUUCGUUUGACAUACAUCAUAGACAGCCAGCAGUUGAGCGUUUGCCAUUCCAUUUACAAGGAGAAAACACCAUAGUAUUCCAAGAAGAAAGGUGUCCUGAAAGCAUACUAAACAGACCCGAUAUAGUAAAAACAAAAUUCACGGAAUGGUUUGAGGCAAACAAAGAAUAUAAGGAUGCGCGAGAGCUAACAUAUUCAAAUUUUCCUACACGUUGGGUCUGGGAUGCAACAUGCAAAAGAUGGACUAGAAGAAAAAAGGGGAAGUCAGUUGGUAGAAUUUACUUCGCACAUCCUGCAAGUGGGGAACGAUUUUACAUGAGAAUGCUACUUAAUUUUGUCAAAGGAAGCACUUCUUUUGAAAGCAUCAGAACAAUUAAUGGAGUCCGGUAUGAUACUUAUAAGGAGUCAUGCUACGCAUUGGGAUUAUUGGAGGAUGAUAAAGAGUGGAAUGACUGCUUGGCUGAAGCUGCAUGUUGGGCAUCAGGAAAUGAGUUGAGAAAUCUGCUGAGAUCAGAAUCAAAAAUAGUUCUUCCAGUUGCUACUUCUGGAAUAGCCGCUUUGUUAUUACCAAAUGGCAUGACAACACAUUCACGAUUCCAUAUUCCUUUGGACAUUAGUGCAGAAUCAACUUGUGAAAUAAGACAAGGAAGCCAGUUAGCCGAACUGCUUUUGAAAACAUCUUUAAUCAUUUGGGAUGAACCGCCAAUGGCAAAUAAAUUUUGUUUUGAAGCCUUAGAUAGGACCUUGCGAGAUAUCCUUCGAUUAAAAUAUGAAAACAGCGCAGACAAACCAUUUGGAGGCCUUACAAUGGUAUUUGGUGGUGAUUUUCGUCAAAUACUACCGGUGAUUCCAAAAGGAACACGAGCUGAUAUUUUAGAUGCAUCACUCAACUCUUCAUAUUUGUGGCCAUUCUUUAAAAUUUAUGAGCUGAAACAAAAUAUGCGACUUUGUUGUGGAAGAGUAUCUGAUUCUGAAGCCGCUGAAGUUACUACUUUCGACAAAUGGUUGUUACAAAUUGGGGAUGGAUCCUUUUAUAGUGAUGUUGACAAUGACCUUAUUAAAGUGCCUACUGAUAUAUGUAUAAUGCCAUCCAAUGAUCCAAUCAGAUCAAUCGUCGACGCAGUUUACCUGUCCCUCUUGCAGACAUACAAUGACCCAACAUAUUUGCAAGAAAGAGCAAUACUUACUCCUAAAAAUGAAAUGGUCCAUGAAUUGAAUGAUACAAUUAUGAAAAUGAUUCAAGGUGAAGGAAGAACAUAUUUUAGCUCUGACAAUGUGUGUAAAGCAAGCGUGAACACUAAUGAUGAAGAUCUAUUGUACCCAACGGAAUUUUUAAAUAGCUUAAGAUUUCCUGGAAUUCCUAAUCAUGAAGUACAUUUAAAAGUAGGAACUCCAGUUAUGCUUCUGAGGAAUCUAAAUCAAAGUGAAGGACUAUGCAACGGAACAAGAUUGAUUGUCACACAUCUUGGUAACUGGUCUAUUAGUGCAAAUAUCAUCUCCGGAAAAAACAUUGGCUCGAAAGUAACAAUACCAAGAAUUAUUAUGUCUCCUAAUGAUUCAAAGUGGCCAUUCAAGUUAAACAGAUGUCAACUUCCUGUAACACCAUGUUUCGCUAUGACAAUUAAUAAAAGUCAAGGACAGUCUCUCAACCAUGUUGGAUUAUAUCUUCCUAAACAAGUAUUCACUCAUGGCCAAUUAUAUGUAGCACUAUCCCGAGUAACAAAAAGACAAGGAUUAACUAUUCUAAAUGUUGACGAAGACAUGGAAGAUCCUAUGUUCAUUAAAAAUAUCGUUUACACAGAAGUCUCUCGUCUUGAUGGCACUUCAAUAAUAGGAGCUGAAUUGAUCAAUUUCUGA